AUGUGGCAUCAUCUUCCUUUCUUCAUCACCAUUUUGUUUCUCUUGCAGAUUCAGGUUGCAGCUGAAGCAAAUCAGACAGACAAUUCCAAUGACGUCCUCUUGACUUCUCAGCUCGGUCCUUAUCCUGUCACCAUUAACGAGUACGAGAUCAAAACCAAUCGUACAGAUCCACUCGCGCCCACACCUCAGCUCCGCAAUUUGAUGAUCACUGUUCAUCGUCCUGCUUCAAAGAACUUUACCUGUCCAACACAAAACCAAGCACGCAUUCCUUAUGCACCGCCUGAAGUUCUGAAAGCUCUCGAUGAUCUGUUGUUGUCGACUGGUAAUUCAUCUUUGGAUACUGGUGGAGCCGCGGUUGCAGCUUUAGGUCGACUACAGAUUCUCAAUUGCACCUCUUCAGACAUUUCUGCUUCAUCCAAGAAUCCCAUCUUAUUGUUCGGCCCUGGUUUGAAAGCAACACAUCACGUUUACACUGGAAUUACUAUGGCCUCUGCAUCUUUUGGCUAUACCGUUGUUGCUUUGGACCAUACGUACGAAUCGGCUGCGGUUGUCUUUCCGGACGGAUCUGUGAAUUAUACUAGCCCAAUUGGUCUCAAGCUUAGUGAAGAUGAAGAUCAACCAAAAGGAUUUGAAACAAUUCAAAAUAUUCGUACAGCUGAUGUUGCAUCCGUACUUGAUGCUAUCGAAAAAGGUGAAAUUCCAGGUAUUCCAAAAGGUAAAAAACAAAUUGCAAUGUAUGGACAUUCAUUAGGCGGAAGUACGGCUACAAAUGCUGCUCUCAAGGACAAGCGAAUCAAAGCAGCUGUAAAUUUGGAUGGUACCUUUUAUGGAGCGCCGAACAGAACAACGAUUCACAAGCCAUUACUCAUGGUAGGCGGUGCAGAUGAAUGGAAACCAAUCUUUUCAAAAUCACGAGGUUGGAAAACAUGGGUGAAGGUUGAUAACACAGAGCAUUAUGGUUACACUGAUUUGCCACAAAUUGCUGAUUUGAUGAAUGUGCGCGAUAAAGCUAUUCCACUUUCUUUAACUGGCACGAUCAACAGUCAACGCUUGCAAGUCAUCGUCAGUAGCUACACAAACCACUUCUUUGAUCUUUUCCUUCGUGGUGAAAAAUCUAAGUUCCUCCAAGGUCCAAGAGCAAAUUUCCCAGAUGUACCAUUCAUCGGACAUAGCCAGCCAAAAGACUGA